AUGCAGCUGCUCCUGCUCCUGUUGGCCUUCUUUCUGCCCCCGAAGACAAGGGCAGGGGAGAUCAUUGGCGGACACGAAGCCAAACCCCAUUCACAUCCCUACAUGGCCUACAUUAAGUUCUGGUAUACUACUUUUGCAUUAGAAUGUGGUGGCUUCCUGAUAGAUGAGAAGUUUGUGUUGACAGCUGCUCACUGUUUCCACAGAUCUUCUGAGUCAAAACAUCGAAAAACAGUGGUCCUUCUAGGGGCGCACAACAUCAAGAAACAGGAGAAGAGUUGGCAGCCCAUAAAUGUGAAAAAACAUAUCCCACACCCACACUUCAGUACUCCAGAGUUCAACAAUGAUAUCAUGCUGCUGCAGCUGGAGGAAAAGGCUAAACUGACUAAAGAAGUGCAGAUUAUAGAGCUGCCCAAGGCAAAAUCUCAAGUGAAUCCAGGUGCUGUGUGCCAGCUGGCUGGAUGGGGAAGUUUAGUCAAUGACAUGCCUACAGAUACAUUACAAGAGGUGGAGAUGACAGUGAAAAAGGAUGAGGAGUGUGACACCUUCUUUCACUAUUAUGAUGCUGCAACUGAGAUAUGUCUUGGGGACCCAAAGAUUCAAAAAUUCCCCUCUAAGGGUGACUCUGGAGGCCCCGUCAUAUGUGAUAAUGUGGUUCAGGCCAUUAUUUCCUCUGGAGAUUAUACGACACCUCCAUGUGUCUUCAUCAAGCUCUCACCUUAUCUAGACUGGAUAAAGAAAACCAUGGAACACCACUGA